AUGGUCGGCCCACCAAACAGUGGAAAGUUUGCCGGACUUCAGAUGAUUGAUCCCAAAUAUAGAAUUCAAGGACAAACCACAGUAUCUAAAAUAAACACAUUUGAAGCUUUAAAGAUUGACACCGGUGUAAGAAAUGCAAUAGAAAAUGAUAUCUUAGGCCAUUUAAAUUAUAAGCAACCCUCAGAAAUCCAAAUUUUAGCAACAAAAGCUAUCCAAGCAAAAAGAAAAAACCCUGAUGAAUUUCGUUCUUUUCUCAUUGCAGCCGAAACAGGAUCGGGAAAAACUUUGGCUUAUCUAGCUCCACUUUUGAGUAAACUUAAAGAGCAAGAAAUAUCAGAUCCUAAUUGGGAACAUUUAAAAGAGCUUCCAAUUAUCAGAUGUAUAGUUCUAGUUCCUACUUUAGAACUUACUACCCAAGUUAUAUCGACUGUAAAGCGUAUAUGUCAUAUUGCUAAGUUAUCAUCUUUUGCACUAACUCCGGAAAUUUCACCCAGAUCUAUUUCAUCUAAAUUGGAACAUAGAAUUGAUGUUCUUGUUGCAAACCCCGAGAAACUUUUAGCAACUUUUAAGACUCAAAACUCUAUCAAUGGCCAUCUGAAGUAUUGUAAAUGGGUUGUCGUUGAUGAAGCAGACACAUUAAUGGACGAAUCAUUUGUGGAAAGUACACAAAAGGUUUUAGAAGCCACAUCAUCUAGCGCCACUGAUCUUGUUUUUUGCUCAGCAACAAUACCUCGUCGUUUUGACAAAAUCAUGACUAAAUUAUACCCGGAAACAACUAGAAUUGUGACUCACAGUUUGCACAAAAUUCCAAGACAUAUUGAUUUUAGAGUGGUUGAAGUUUUCAAUCCACCUUAUUUAAAUUCCAAACCACGUGCUUUACAACAAGCUCUAUACGCAAUUCAUAAUGAUAACACGGAAUCUGGAUACUUAAAAAGAGUUGUUGUUUUUCUCAACCACAAAGAUGAAAUUCCAAGUUUAGCUACAUUUUUGAAAGAGAAAGGAUAUGAUGCAGUUUCUAUAAGCAGCCAAAUGACUAUCCAAGAAAGAAAAGAUCUUAUAUCAGACUUUGUCAAUCCCGCUCCUCUAUUAAAACAUAAUGAAAAUAAUUCAAAAGUGAAAGUUUUACUGACGACUGAUUUAUUAUCGAGAGGAGUAGAUAUGAACAAUAUUCGAAAUGUUAUUUUAUAUGAUUUACCGUAUUCAUCCGUUGAUUUAAUUCACAGAGCUGGAAGAACUGGGCGCAUGGGUAAACGUGGUCGAGUUUUUCUAUUUGUUGAGAAGAAGGAAAGUAGAGGAUGGGUUAAAGGGCUGGAAAAAGUUGUUAAAAAAGGAAUGGUUCUUGCUUAA